AUGGCGGGUUGCAGAUUUAAUUUUGCAAUGCGUAAUAUUAGUUUAGUUGUUGGUGAUAUACACCGAAGGAAGAGGUGGAGUGACUUCGUUCGCACAAUACAUGACAAAAAACUCGAGAAACAUAUCCCGGAUCUCCAUGUCCUCAUAACGACCCCUUUUCAUUCAGCCUAUGUUACGGCUGAACGGAUCAAGAGGGCAAAAAAUAUGGAAUUGUUGCUCACAGCGGGAGUAGGCUCAGAUCAUAUUGAUCUAAAGGCUGUGGCUGCUGCAGUCGCAGAGGUCACUGGAAGUAACGUAGUUUCAGUUGCAGAAGACGAACUCAUGAGGAUCCUCACUCUUGUUCGGAAUUUCUUGCCUGGAGCUUAUGAUCUUGAAGGCAAGACAGUUGGAACUGUUGGAGCUGGGCGAAUUGGCAAGCUUUUACUCCAAAGGUUGAAGCCUUUCAAUUGUGAUUUGCUUUACCAUGAUCGUGUCAUGAUGGACUCUGAAUUAGCGAAUCAAACUGGGGCUAAGUUUGAGGAGGAUCUUGAUGCAAUGCUUCCCAAAUGUGACAUAAUUGCCAUCAACAUGCCUCUUACAGAAAAAACAAAAGGGAUGUUUGACACAGAAAGGAUUGCUAAGUGUAAGAAAGGGGUAUUAAUUGUUAACAAUGCAAGAGCAGCCAUCAUGGAUACACAGGCAGUUGUUGAUGCUUGUUCCAGUGGACAAAUAGCAGGUUAUGGUGGGGAUGUUUGGGAUCCACAACCAGCAUCCAUGGCGUUGCGGUAUGCAGCCGGAGUUAAAGACAUGCUGGAAAGGUACUUCAAGGAAGAAGAAUUUCCUAGAGAAAAUUACAUUGUCAAGGAAGGGAAACUAGCAGGCCAAUAUCUUUGA